AUGGCCAACUCGUCAGGCAAACUCAAGCUUCAAGAGACGAGAUACCUCUACAUCUCAGAGCUCGCAGACGAAGUCGAGGCUGGAGUCAUCUCAGCGGUCAACAUCCACGCGGCCAGAGCGAAACUCUCCACGCUCAAACUCGACUGGGAGAAAUUUGAGGCAGAACAUAAAAAAUUAGUCUCCUCAAAGUCCAACGCGUCUCCAGAGCAUGACUACUUCAAGAAGAAGUGGUACGAUCUAUCCAUAAAAGCGUUCGUGCUAUCUGAGGCUCCUCUGUCAACUCGUAUUGCUGAAUUGGAGGCGAUGGAACCUCCAGCUGGCAACACUCUUGCUGACACCAGUAUUCAAGGGGCUUCUCACCAUCGACCAUCUCUACCAGACAUCUCUGCUCCUAAAUUCGAUAGGAGCUUUGCAGAAUGGCGGCAUUUUCAAGACAUGUUCGUCUCACUUGUUGGAGAGAAUCCAUCCAUCUCAUCAGUAGAUAAAAUGCACUAUCUAUGUGCGAGUUCAGAGGGAGACGCAGCCAAUCUCAAAAUAUCUGCCGACUCUUUUUCUUCAGCAUGGGAUACGCCCACUGUUCGAUAUGAAAACAAGAGACUGCUCACCUAA